AUGUCUUUUUUAUGUAGGUUUUUAUCUCAUAGAGCCUUAGAAAAAGCGAUUUCUAUUGAACGUUCCACACCUUUGCCUCUCGAAGCUUCUGACUGUUUUAAAGUUAGAGGAUUAGAGAAAAGUUGGGCCGAACUUACAAAAGACGGGAGAGGAGAAGGGAUUACUCCCUUAGAACACCUUGCUGAACAUUUGAAACAAGUGUUUGAAGAAGAGGAUGCCCCCCCGUCGACAAGUCACACUGAGUCGAAUUGCUCUGUCUAA